AACAAGACUGCCGCCCUGUCACCUUCAGACCUCAAGAGAAAUCCCGGUUUAGCACAGAAAUGGUGCUAUCAAAACGGAAUUUGGUAUUUGAAUGGCUUUAAUCCAGGAAACCAGAGUAACUCUUGGAGACGAGGGUUCUCAGGACCCGGACCUGAACUCCGCGCUUUGGAAUAAUCUGCCUACAGGCAGAGGUCCCGACGUUAUUUUCGGGAUUAGGGAGGUAAGAGCUCCCUGAGGAGAGAACUACAAGGGGGUAUGGUCUGCGGUUUGUCUCCGGAAGGUGUUGAUAGCCCGGAACCUGGAACAGGGGAGGAGGAGAAGCCGAGCCCACUCAGCCCGUGCGCUGCACACUCGAAUCCAUUGCAGACUUUCUGUGGGGCCCCAGACGUCCCUGCUCCCCACGGCCACUACCACCACCCGCCAGCCGCCACUGAUGCCCUGCGGUUUCCCGCCUAGUCGUUUGUUUUUGUAUGUAAAAGGUGUCUCCGGAUCACAGUUUUCUCACAACUUCUCGCCUGGGUUGCAACUCCUCACCCGUGGCGCUUCCCCACCCACUCCUUUCCCCCUCCCGGGUGCCGCGCCUCCGGUCUCCCCCGCCCCCACCAGGAAAGCGCCGGAAUCAACUUUCCAAGACCGCGCUGCGGGAACAGACACCCAGGUCUCCCGGAGACCGAGACCCUAUGGACUUUGGAUGGACUGGGGGAGGAGGAACGGAGGAACCAGAGGAGGAAGAUCCUGUGGCCCUCCCUCCCCCACUCCCGCUAAAACGCGCGCUGUGCUCGGGACAAACUUCUAGGCCAGGAAAGCACGAAGAAGGGAAAGCAAAAACAAAAACAAAAACCAAUACCCGCUGAAUUGCAAAGUCAAACAGUUCACCAGGGCUCCCGGACCCAGCUGCACCCCAACCUUCAACAAGGCUCCACCUUGGAUUAAUCCCACCUUCCAACAGUACUCUGCCCUCCGCCUGCGCCUUACUGCCGCGCGCGCUCUCAGUCCUUCCCAUCGAAACCGAGGCCUUACCGGAGCAGGAGGGGCUCGGGCACCUCGCUGCCCGCCGCCCGCACCGCGCCGGGCGGCGGAUGCGGCCGCCACUGAUCCUCUAAACGCGGUCUCCCGGCACUCUCCCCGGCCGGGGGAUGCAGAAUGGUUUACAGAGGGACCGCGAGCCGCUGAUUGGUCGCAGGCUGCGGUGACGUCGGCGGGCGCUGCAUUAAGGCGAGGGGGCUUCCAGAGCUCAGCCAACAGCCAGGAGCAGUGACCGAGCCGCUGGAGCUGGGGAGAGACGCGCCAGGGCAGCGGACUGGGCCAGGAGACCAGGGACAGAGGGACGCUUGUCCGGGGACAGCCAGCAACGAACUGCGGCCUGGGCGGCGACAGCAGCGGCCCUUGCUGAGCUGUUCCAGCCGCACAGAACUGUAGCUGCUGCACCAGGACGUUUUUUCAAAGCUCUCCAAGCUACUCCCCCUCCCCACGACUCCUCCCGCUGCAAAAGAAAAAAAAAAAAAGGAAGGAAAGAGGCUAGAAAGGAAACCCAGAUUUGCCACCACAGCGACAAAAGGGGGAAAAGGAAAAGAAAGUCCAGCGACUGUGGGGUUGGACGCAGGCCCCCGGAGCGUGGGCCGAGCGAUGCGGGGCUGCGCGCCCAGGCGGCCGAGAGUUGUGACUGGAGCCACGAUGCACCGCCAGGCGCGGUGAGGAGCCAGACCGUUUCACCUCCCCGAAGGAGUCCGGGAACAGGGAGGGCCGUCCUGAAAACACGGAGGCCGCCAGGCAGGCCACGGGCGAGGUGACGGGGCUGGGGCGGUGGGGAGCGAGCAAGCGCACCUGGCUGUGUCCGCCUGGAGUUGUCCCUCUGCGUUCACGAUUGACACAAACACUUCUCCAAACGGGGGACAUUUAAGCAGCAACAACAAUCAACAACAAGAUCUUCCUCCUGCCUUCCCCUCCCUCCCUCCCUCCUCCCUUGGCCUACCCCCUCCCCCUUCCCCAGGCCCACGGCGGGCGCCCUACGCGUUGGGACCCGCUGCGCGAUGCCGGCAGUGUAGGAUCCAGAGCUUCUCCACUGGUUUUGUUCUUUUCUUUUAAAAAAAAGAAAGAAAGAAAGAAAGAAAGAAGAGGGGAAAUCCCGGUCGGUGGCAGGCAGCCUGGCACACACACACCCGCCGUCACACCCCGACAAAAGCAGAUGCACUUUGACUUCUGACAGCUCUACCUCAAGCCCAAGAGAACUCCACGGCGCUUUCCCUGCAACCCGAGCUCGCCGCGUCCUCCUCUUCCUUCUCCGACUCCCUUUUAUUUAUUUCGGUUCCUGUCGCCAAUCUCGGUGACCUUCACUCCUCCGUGGGCUCUGGGCAGAAGAGUUGCGUUCUUGCCUGCCGGAGACUCUUGGCCCCAGGAGCUGCGGCGGCGCUGCUCUGUCCCAGGGCCCUGGGACUCCCAGGCUGCACAGUCCACCGAGGUUCCCUCUGCUCCCCAUCAGCCUCAUUUUCACCCCCUUUUGAUUUCCUGGUGCGGGUUUUGGCUUGCACCCCCAGUGUGUCUCCUCUUUUUGGAGGGGCUGGGGAGCUCUUGCUGAGGUCUUCGGGAGUCAUCCCCUAGGCUCUACCUGCUCUUCUCUCUCCCGGCCUUACCCGACCAAACCAAAGACCAUGGUGCACUGUGCCGGCUGCAAAAGGCCCAUCCUGGACCGUUUCCUCUUGAACGUGCUGGACAGGGCCUGGCACGUCAAGUGCGUCCAGUGCUGUGAAUGUAAAUGCAACCUGACCGAGAAGUGCUUCUCCCGGGAAGGCAAGCUCUACUGCAAGAACGACUUUUUCCGAUGUUUCGGUACCAAAUGCGCUGGCUGCGCGCAGGGCAUCUCCCCUAGCGACCUGGUGCGGAGAGCACGGAGCAAAGUGUUUCACCUAAACUGCUUCACCUGCAUGAUGUGUAACAAGCAACUCUCCACUGGCGAGGAGCUCUACAUCAUCGACGAGAACAAAUUUGUCUGCAAAGAGGAUUACCUAAGCAACAGUAGUGUCACCAAAGAGAACAGCCUCCACUCGGCCACCACGGGCAGUGACCCCAGUUUGUCUCCAGACUCCCAAGACCCAUCACAGGAUGAUGCCAAGGACUCGGAGAGUGCCAAUGUAUCAGACAAGGAAGGGGGCAGCAAUGAGAAUGACGACCAGAACCUGGGCGCCAAACGACGGGGGCCGCGCACAACCAUCAAGGCGAAGCAACUGGAAACUCUGAAGGCGGCCUUUGCUGCUACUCCCAAGCCCACGCGCCACAUCCGGGAGCAGCUGGCUCAGGAGACUGGCCUCAAUAUGCGUGUCAUCCAGGUCUGGUUCCAGAACAGACGUUCCAAGGAACGGAGGAUGAAGCAGUUAAGCGCGCUGGGCGCCCGGCGCCACGCCUUCUUCCGCAGCCCGCGCCGGAUGCGGCCGCUGGUGGACCGCCUGGAGCCAGGCGAGCUCAUCCCCAACGGGCCCUUCUCCUUCUACGGAGAUUACCAGAGCGAGUACUACGGGCCCGGGGGCAACUACGACUUCUUCCCGCAAGGCCCCCCGUCCUCGCAGGCUCAGACACCAGUGGACCUGCCCUUCGUGCCAUCGUCCGGGCCCUCCGGGACACCCCUGGGCGGCCUGGAGCACCCGCUGCCCGGACACCACCCGUCGAGCGAGGCGCAACGGUUCACUGACAUCCUGGCGCAUCCCCCAGGGGACUCGCCCAGUCCAGAGCCCAGCCUGCCGGGGCCUCUACACUCAAUGUCGGCUGAGGUCUUCGGGCCCAGCCCGCCCUUCUCAUCGCUGUCGGUCAACGGCGGGGCGAGCUAUGGGAACCACCUGUCUCACCCCCCCGAAAUGAACGAGGCGGCCGUGUGGUAGCGGGAUCUCGCACAGUCCGCGGAGUUCGUGGUUGUACAGAAAUGAACCUUUAUUUAAGAAAAAUAGAAAAAAGAAGAAAAAAAAAACAUAAAAAGCAAGUCACCCCCCCCCACACACACACACACACACUUCCCUCAGCCUCGGGGACCAUUUUCCGUCUGGGGAGUCCGGAUGGGAAAGGGGGACAAGAAACAGGAUCCAAAUCAGCCUGGAGGCAGAACUGGGAUCCAUGCGCUGGAUGGCGAGGUGCAGAACUGGGGCUCCCGAAGGGAUAUGCAGACCUCUCCCCAUCUUCCACCUGGACCCGGAUGUGGGGACAGACGCCCCAAGUGUGCACGCCCGGCUGGAGGGCGGCACGGGAACACCCAAGGCGGCCGCGGGGACGCACAGCCAGUAGUGACGCCGGGAGCCGCAGGGAGGGAGACGGAGAGGCGCAGCCGGUUGAGGGAGGUGGAGCAGCCCGGGGCACUCCCGGGCCAGCCGGGAGGGUUCUGGCUCCGGGAAAUGUCUCACUAGUGUUGUCUCAGUGUUCAGGAACAGCGACAACAAACUCUUAAAGCUUCAGAAACGCCGACCUGCUGUGCAUCAGGUGGGACUAUAUAUAUAUAUUUUUUGUCUAUCUGGGUUUUUGGUUUUUUGUUUUUGCCAAAAUAACAAAAUUCUAAAUGUAAAGCCCUCAGUAUCAACUCUUCUACCUUCACAAAGCUCUACACACACACAGAUAUACACAGACACCCUGGAUAGGAUGGUCUCCAGCCAGACCUCUCAGUAAAAUGACUUGAACAUCAACUGUACAAGAAAGUAUUCUACCUUCACACAUACAAAAAAAAAAAAAAAAAAAGUAAAAAAAAAAGACUAUUGAACUAAAAACAGUCAACUGUUUACGUAUAAUGUUAAAUUCAGGAGUUCAGUGUUUUAUUAAUAUAUCCUGUUUUGAAACCUCUUGUUCAAAAACAAAAUGUUUUGAGCAAUCAACCAAAAUUGUUCAUUUUCUUUUCCUGUAGAUGUUCUGACAGAUUUGCAGGGCUCGCAGCUCACUGUGCUAGUAUGUCAAAAGGUGUUGUUUACACAAGGCAAAGAGAAAACAUGAUAUUCAGACACUUGCCAAAUAGAAUAAUUAUAGCACAAAUACUGUAAAGGUGCCUAGCACCACAACCUGAGAAAGUGUUAAAAAAAAAAAGUGUUACAAGGUUUAAAAAAACAUCUUUGCUAAUUUUUAGUCCUGUUGAACAUUCAUGGAAUUGUUAAUAUGACUUAUAUAGACCCACACAGGUUUUAUUUUUGUGUCUUUAAAAUAAAAGUCCAAAAUAUUUAAAUUUUAUGGUCAAAUAUGCAGUCAACAGCUGCUACUUUUUUCUUUAUAUAUUAAAUUUCUCAUAUGUCUUUUAUUGUUCUGAUAAACCUAAGCUUGUGUGACCUCCAGUGCAUAUUAGACCAUUCACUGUAUGAAAGAAAACAUGUUGAAUAAAUUUGUGAGUUUUUAAUAAAAAUAGAAAAUCUGA